UAUAGGUGGCGCUUCAAUUUUCCAAAACAAUCAGAGACAAUCGGCGAGUUCUUGCGGCAAUAUCCCUGCUAUUAUAAUGCAAUGUCAUUUUUCCGACAACACGCGGCGAUUAUUUCGGGUAUUGGAACCACUGUAAUAUUUGGUACAGGUGCCACAAUUUUGUAUUUUCGCCUGGCGCACGUCGCACGGGAGCUUGAGCGGCUGGGAGCCACUGUCGCAAGUCUCAAAGCUGACUUUGCAGAACUAAGAGAUCGACUUUCUACAAGCUCUGGUCGAAGAAGAAAGAAUCCUUCAUUUUAUUCACUUGCAACAAGCAGCGGAGAUGACGAUGAAGAAGUCUAUCUGGAUGCUUACGGAGGAAGUGACCUUGAGUCUUUGAAGGAAGUGGCUGCAGAGCUCCAUGACAACUUGAAUAGCACUGCAGGACAUGAUAUCUUUACUCGUGUUGACCGCUUGUUUGAUGGGGAAAACACAGACCAAGAGGAGGCAUACCGACUGCUUCUCAAGAGCAAAGCAAGGCACCCUACAGAUGUUGAGUUCCUCUGGAGGCUGUCAAAAGCAUGCUACCUAGUUUCAAGAAUUGAGGGGACCAGAGGAAAUGAUGAGAAGAAAAAAGAAUUGUUGUACAUGGCCCGAGACAAUGCUGGUGAUGCUCUAAAACUCAAUGACAGCUGUGGAAAUGCCCAUAAGUGGUUUGCAAUAACUCUUGGGAGUGUUGGUGAUUACGAAACAACGCAGAACAAAAUCAAGAAUGGGUUUUAUAUCAAGAAACACAUUGAAAAAGCGAUAGAGCUGACUCCUGGUGACCCCUCAAACCACCACAUGCUGGGCAGAUGGUGUUUCAGUGUAUACAUGCUCUCCUGGAUCGAGAGGAACCUUGCUGCCACACUCUUUGCCACGCCUCCAACUGCCUCCGUUGAUGAUGCUCUUAGGGAGUUUCUCGAGGCUGAGAAGUUAAACCCUGGCAGAUGGAAAGAAAACAUGCUGUUCAUUGCAAAGAGCUACAUUGAGAAGAGGCAGUACAGUGAGGCCACAGAAUGGCUGGAGAAGGCAGAGAAAAUUGAGAUCAAGAGUGCUGACGAUGAAGAACAACAGACUGAGAUCCAACAACUGCUGGUCAAGUACAGGAGAUAAUGCCAAUGACUGAUAGGAACUUGCAUAAUUGUGGCCUGAUGUAUGUAGUGGAUAUUAUUCGUCUUAACAUCUGAGACAUGUAUGUGACAUAACCUUUCUUUGAUUAAGAAAAUACUUACAUCUACAUUGUGUGAGAAGGGUCAGGGACCCCAAGGUCAGGAAAUAAGCAAUAUCAUGAGUUUUGUAAUUUGUAUGAUGGUAGAAUAUAUUGUAUACAUUUUUUACUUCUAUGAAUUUUAGUACAUAUUGUUGUAAUUGAAAACAUUGAGUAUUGAACAGUUUGAUCUAGAUGUACAUUACCCUUCCAAUGUUUGAGGUAAUGACUACCCCAAAUGACAAUGUAUGUGAGCUAUUUAUUACUUUAUCCUGUUCAGAGUGACGAAGAGACUGAAUUUAUGUAAACCUAGACGGACGGGACUCAACCCAAAAAAGGGAAUCUGUACUUUACUAAGAAAAUGUUAUCCCAAAUAUAACAUUUGUUACAUUUAACCACUUUCUAAAUGGCAAUUUGUGUUCAUAGUUUUAGCAAUGGGAGCCGUGCCAAUUUACACUUGCAGAGGGGUACACAAAGUAUGUGAUCUAGACUACCAGUUGUCAGACUUUCAUUUUGGGGUUAGAUCGCUGACUUUGUGUGCUGGCGAUUAGGUGCCUCACUCUGGCAGUGUGGGUUCGAAUCCCCUACGGGACUCAACCCAAAAGGGUAUGAGAAUCUGAAUCUGUACUUUACGAAGAAAGUGUUAUUCCAAAUAUAACAUUUGUUACAUAUAAACCUAGAGUUUAACAAAUGGGAAAGUAACUAUUGUCAUUGUGCCAAACAGAUACUGAACAAAUUGUACUAGAAUACAGUGUGUACUAAACCCAUGUUUCACACUCUACCUUCUUUAUACGAGAAUGCAAAAGCAGUACCGGGUACAUCAGAAGGGCAAACGAACAAAGAUUUGAUUGGUAUGAGUGUUUUCUAUUUCAUCUCACUGACUCAUGAAAGGUUUGGAUUAUCAUUUACAAUGCUCUAUCAGACAUGAACUGAGAAUAGUAUUCAUGUUUAAGCAAGUCUUACAUCAUACUGUCCUCUUGUCCACGUGUUUCAGAUGAAAUGUAUAGCUUCAUGAGAUUGUAGGAGACUUAUCUUAUAGGAGUAUUAGUCUACAGAAGGGUCGUGGUUCAGUUGCAGUAAACAAGGGUUGUGAAAUGAUAUGUUUUGUAUACCGGUUCUCCAAAAUGGUAUGUUUGAGCUUGCCAAAUGAUUCCUCUGGAUAAUCAGCUUAUUUAGGAAGAGCCAUUCACUGCAAGUUGAGAUAUUAAUCAUGUUAAUACAGGGUUUUACAUGAUUCAUUAGGCACAAAUGUAUCAAACAUCUCGAGGGACUCACAGUAAUAUUCGGGGUGGUCGGGUAGCCUAGUGGUUAAAGUGUUUGUCUCACCGAAGACCCGGCCUCGAUUCCCGACAUGGGUACAAUGUGUGAAGCCCAUUUCUGGUGU